AUGCGCCGGAAGCUGCCGGACAGUCAGCAGGCAGGUGCGACCGUGGGGUCCGAGCUCUUGGAUUUUUUGCUACCUCUUCGCCGAAACUUCCCACACUUCACCAACCUUCAUCCUCCACCAACACCACCACAUCGCCUCGCCUCUGCUGGCUGCUGCUCCUAUGACAAUCGGCACUCGGUGGACGGCGGGCAGAGGGUGAAGUGGUGGAGGGAGAAGCUGGCGGUGGAAUCCAGCUUCUUCCAAUCAGCAAGAGGUAAGUCAUACAUCGCGUCGCCAAGGAGUGCGCUCGUACAAUUCUCUAUCCUUUUGGUCUUCUCUCGUUGCACUUGUUCGCAGCCUACAUAG